AUGUUCACCUCCUUCCACGCAAUGAUACCCUCAGACGCUGAACUUGCCUCUCAAGCACUGACUGAGGAGGGCAAUUAUCGUUUUCCAUCAUUCUCGGCCUCUGACGCGGUCACGCUUGGUUUGUCUCUACGCAAGCGCUUUCGUGCGUCAUCUCGACAUUCAAAGGGCAAAGGACUCGUCAUCUCUAUACAAACUAUCGCGGGUCAUACCUUAUUUUCGUGUACCGUGGGCGACCUUGGGCAUCCAGCCGGUGUUGGGGAUGUUAGUCUGAAUAGCUGGACGAGUGUGGAGGGCAUGGUUGGAGUUGUGAGGCAGACUGGCCAUUCAAGCUAUUAUGUCGAGAAAAGCAUGAGCGCGAUGGGCAAGUCCGCAAAGCAGAUGGGGAUACAAGGGGAUCAUAUUGUUCACGGAGGAGCGUUCCCGAUCUGGUUGGACAAUGCCCAUUGUUGUCCUAUUGCUGUUGUUGCUUGCUACUCAGGUUCAAGUCAAGAAGACCACCACCUUGUUGUCACAACUGUCCGGGAUUAUCUACACAAAAUCAACAAAUCCGGAAUGUCAGCCUCUUCCGCUCUCGGGACUGAAAUGCCUCUCCCGUCUGUACCGAACAGGGAGAGCACGGUAAGCUCAUAUCAGCGAGUCCAAGUUCGCCAGUUCAUUAGCGAGUAA